CAAAAAGUACAGCAACAAAUUAACAAAAAUGAGUUUAAUUUUUAAUACUACUGACACUAACUUUAAAAAACUGAAUGAUGAUGAGGACAAUGAGUCGUUUUACUCCUUCAACUCGAGUGAACGCGAUGAUUCGGAUCUGGAUGCAUUGUCGUUGUCUGAUAUAGAAAAUGAUAUUGAGACUUCUGUGGCCAAAAAACAUGGCUCUGUAACAGAUGGCGAAUAUGAGUUUGAUACUCAAAAGCUAAAUUCUGCUGAAAACAAAACUAUGUUGCGCACUGCGCAAGCGCCGCAAGCGGCGGCGGCUGCACAAAAGCUGAAGCCAGAGCAGACAACUUUGCAGCGCAGAGAGCUACGUCAUCACAUGGAUGUGACCAAUCCAAUGGGCUUGAAAGUGCCUGCGGACGAACUCUUUGAUAUGAGCCUCACGCAAGGAGGCGGAAAGUCUAAGAAUCCGCUGGAAACUAGCCCAGGCACUGAGGCCUUGCACAAAUAUAUGUUCACAGAAAAGUGGAUAGAAAAUCAGCAAGACUGUGACUUCGAUCACUUUGCGCAUCAAACGCUUGAAGAGCAGCAAAAGGGACGCAUAAACAAGAAAACUUUUGUUGAUUUAGAACUGAAUAAUUCUGUGAGCUUGAAGUCUUCUUCUGCAGCAGAUGCAGAGCCAUAUGUAUCUCCAUUUGAGGAUAUGCCUGCGAUGAGCGAAGAGCAACGUUUACGAGAGCAAAAAAUGUGCAACGCUCUGCCCGCUGGCUUUGAUCUAACCAGAUUGACUAAAUAUCGCAAUCCCAAUCACUGGCAUCUGCGUGCCAGCACUCUCAAUGACUUUAAGCCGUAAGCACAAAACUUACAAAUUCAUUUGAAAUUAAUCUUGAAUUAAUGCCUUAAGUUGCACAGCUUGUGCUUUAAAUAAAUAACUUUACUGA